ACAUGCAGAGCUGGAUCUGCCUUCAUGUGCCUCUCCACCUAGCAGCCCCCAGCACACCCCUCGCCCCCAUUAGCCCCCUGUCACCCUGGCAAUACCUCCACGCCACCUCUUUUAUAGCCAGGAGCAUGGAGGAGCCUUGCAUUGCCCUGCCACCCCAUCCCUUCUGAGAGAGCACAGGGGAUUCUUGCAGGCAGCCACAAAUAAGAACUUCUUUGCACUUGUUCAAUGUGGAAAGAGGCUUUCUGAAGUUGUCACUUUACAGGGGGAACCAUGUGGACCUCGGCUGGCAUCCUGUGCUACUUGGUCGCGUGCGCGCUUUUGUGGCAGGAGAUCCUGUGCAGGAGACUUCCAAUGGAUACUGGUCAAUGUGGACUGCCCAAGUCGCAAGAAGAGCUGAAUUCUUUCCUAUGGACAAUCAAGAGGAAUCCACCUGCUUAUCUCUUUGGAACUAUACACGUGCCUUAUACCAGAGUAUGGGAUUUUAUACCCCAGAACUCGAAGAAAGCAUUUCAGGAUAGUAACAAUGUCUACUUUGAGCUGGACCUUACAGAUCCUUACACCAUCUCAGCUCUGGCCAGCUGUCAAAUGCUUCCUCAGGGGGAGAAUCUACAGGACGUUCUGCCCAAGGACCUGUACAGGAGACUUAAGAGGCACCUGGAGUAUGUGAAGCUAAUGAUGCCCCAUUGGAUGACCCCAGACCAGAGGGGCAAAGGGCUCUACGCUGAUUACCUUUUCAAUGCCAUCGCUGGCAACUGGGAGAGGAAGAGACCUGUAUGGGUGAUGCUCAUGGUGAACUCUUUAACGGAGACAGAUAUAAGGUCUCGGGGCGUCCCAGUUCUGGAUUUAUAUUUGGCACAAGAGGCUGACAGGAUGAGGAAGAAAACUGGAGCUGUGGAGAGGGUAGAGGAGCAAUGCCAUCCACUUAACAGGCUCAACCUGUCCCAGGUUUUAUUUGCUUUAAACCAGACAUUGCUGCAACAUGAAAGUCUACGGGCAGGAAGCUUUCAAGCCCCCUACACGACUGAAGAUCUUAUAAAACAUUACAACUGUGGAGACCUCAACUCCAUCAUCUUCAGCCACGAAUCUUCACAGGUCCCAAAUUUUAUCAACACCACCCUACCACCACAUGAACAGGUCACAGCUCAGGAAAUAGACAUUUACUUCCGUCAGGAGCUUAUCUAUAAACGCAAUGAAAGGAUGGCCAGAAGAGUGAUGGGUCUUCUGAGAGAAAACCGGGACAAAAGCUUCUUUUUUGCCUUUGGUGCAGGUCAUUUCCUGGGAAAUAAUACCGUGAUUGAUGUUCUGAAGCAAGUAGGAUAUGAGGUUGAACACACACCUGCAGGACAAAGCUUUACAAACAUAAAACUAGAGGCCAGCCAAGCUGAAGACCACGUGACAGAUGAACCUUCAAUGAAGUAUUUUGACCAUAUGCCAUCCACGUCAUCUUUUCCUGAAGAGCCCGAUGAUGAAAUGCUGCCUCCUCAUCUCCUUCUACCAGACAGUAUUAGUCAAUUAGAAGAAUUUGGGAAACAAAACAACUGGCACCGGAAACACCACAGAGACCAGCGCAGGCGGCAGUUUAAUGACCUCUGGGUCAGGUUCGAUGACAGCACAACCACAUUGCCUUCAAACACCAGAAACCUCAACGAGGAGCAAACCGCAGAUUCCCUCACGUGGCUUUCCGACCAAGAUGACCAGUCCGAUGUGUACGUGGAGCUAAUGAACGUUCAGAGCAACACAGCACCCACACGUGGCCUGGCUCUGUCUAUCAUCUUGCCUCUUCUGUUAACUGUAUAUUUGGCCACAGUCAUGAGAACUGGAUCCUGACAGUAUACAGAUCUGGAAAAACAUGUUUUGGAUAUAAUCUGGAUGAACUUUCAAUGAGAAGAAGAAAACAAUAAAAACACAAUCAAUGCAAGCAAGUGAAAAAUAAUAGUGUUCUCGGGAGAGGAAGCAAAAAUAAGUGUUGUGUACUUUGCUUUCUUACACCGUUUGUGCCUAUAAACUAUGAGGACCUCAACUUUUCUUAAGCUAGAGCCACGUUCAUGAAAAGAUGUCUUAGAUAUGUACUAGGAACCGGUCACGUUACUAGUGAUUGCAUCUUCAUGGAUGGUAGAACCACCACAAAAUGGAGAACUUUGUCCUGGGACAUAACCUUAAGCUCCUGAACCCCAACACAUGAUAUGUAACAUGGUCUCACAACUACCAUUUCCAAUCUGUAUUGGUUUCUGGGACUAAUGUGACUUACCUCCAAACUCCCUAUAGUUAUGUUCUUUCCUUCAAAUUUUGAUUAUUAGGGGAGACUCCUUUAAAUUUUGUAAUUUAUAUAACCGUGUAAGGCUCGGUUGACACUAAUGUUGUGGCUUCCCUUUCUAUCUCUGGCUUAUAAUUGGGUCUACCAAGGUCCUUCGGUGGUUUCUUGUUGGUUUGAUGAAAUGAGUACAGCUACAUGCCGCACUCGUUUUUCAAUCAAAUCUACUGAGACUGUCAACAAAGGCUCCCAAUGCAGCCCUGUGAUGUCAAUUUGAAUGGAAACUUAGUGAGUCCUUGCUAUUUCAAACCAGUUCAUCGGUCAACUGAACGGCCAAUGAGAAGAAAAGACUUAGGGUAUGGCCACACAAUGCCGUUUUGGAAGCCAAAACCAGAAGUGAAUAAAAAAAGAGGAGAAGUCGUAUCUGUCCUUUAUACUUUCUCUCCUUUGAUCCACUCCUGAUUUUAGCUUCUAAAACUGCAUCAGGAAACCUGACCGUGUAGCCGUACCCUUAGGGCUCAUGUACACAACCACAUUUUGCAUUUUUUGCGAAUAGCACAUGCAAAAAAAAGACGAACAGCACACAAUGUCAUCCCUGGGCUGUCCACAUCUUUAUGUCUGUUCCACGAAUUAUAGAACAUGUCCUAUUCUUGUCCGUAUUGCGGAUAAAAAUAGUAAUUUCUAUUGAAGGGAGUGAGAAAAAAGUGGAGGGCACACAGAAGGUAUCUGUAUUUUGCAGAUCUGUGGUUUUCUGAACGCGGUACAGGCACGGUCGUGUGCAUAAGACCUUAUAGGGUACAUAAAUUGGGCAGUGCCCAAUCACUGAGGCCUCUUUGCCAGUACCAACUUUACUAACAUGAUAUUACCCUUACAAGAAGACUCGUUAGAAGUCGAAGGGCCUUGAAGGAUUAUUUUUCUGUGUUUAUGAGUGGCCACGAGAGAUUGUUGAGAGGGUGGACUAUAUGAAUCAAAUACAAUUUAUAUUUUUUCCUUCACUGACACUUUGAAAGCCAAUUUUAUAAUCCAAAAUAAUCAACAGGUUAUACUAGAGGCCUUAUUUUAAUUUGGCCAAUCUACUGGCGAAGUAGAUCCAACGCCUCUCCUGACAUGUCAUCAAUAUCAGACCAGUAGAGGUCCAGCACCCGACACCCUCACUAAUCAUCUGUUUCAGGCAGUUACCAGCACCGGAGACUACCGCAUGCACUGUACGGAGCUAGAAGUAGACAGCACUGUUCAGUAAGUAGUGGCUGUAGUAUUGCAGCUCAGCUCCUGUUCAAGUGAAUGGGAGCCGAGCUGCAGUAUGCCAAUGUUGGAAAUUAGACAGUGUCCAGAGCCUUCUGCUUCCACUUCGUACACUCUUUAGAACCCCUAUCAUACCCUUAUUUUUUCCUGUAGAUUGGAGGAACGGAGAUGGGUGACAAGUAAAGAAAAGAUUAAAGCAUACCUUAUAAAAUAUAGAAAAUGAUGCAGAAUUAAAAAAACGGCUAUAUCAGUAAGUGCCAUAUAAUCAUGUUACACACACAUUGGUCUACAGUGGCCAACCCCUUUAACCAAACUAUAUUUAUUAUGGACAAAAAAAAAGUUUUUUUUUGCUGAAAUGAUGUUGUCCAUUCUGUUGUGUUUUGGCAAGUACCCAGGGGCGUAGCUAUAGGGGUGCAGAGAUAGCAGUCGCUACCUGGCCCAGGAGCCUGAGGGGGCCCAAAGACCCUUGUGCCGCAUAAGAAGACACUGGUAUUAUAGAAAGUGCAUGCUGGUUAUGGGUACUUUCACACAGCGUUAUUAGAAUCCGGCAGGCAGUUCCGGCAACGGCAACCGUAUACGAACGGAUAUCCUUGUUUUCCGGAUCAGUUAGAUGGAUCCAGUGAAAUACUCUGUCAUCCAGUAUCAUCCAAAAAAAAACGGAUCCGGUAUUUCAAUUUUUCCAAAGAUCAAAAAUGAAAAUAGCUCCUCCUAUGUCCCGGCGCAGACUGGAAACCCAGAUUCGAAAAUGCAGAAAUUUCCACGACACUUGGUACCGGAUCCAGCAUUAAUACAUCUCUAUAGAAAUUAAUGCCGGAUCAGGCAAGUGUGGUAUUGUUCAGGGAUUUUGGCCGGAAAAAAUACUGCAGCAUGCUGCGUAUUUUGUC